AUGGCUACCCCCAGUGUUCUCGCUUUUGACGCUGAGGGUCGGGCCAUUGACUUUGAGGUCUGGGUAGAUGACCUGCAGCUUUUCCUACAGUGCGAUAGGGCAGAUGGUCUCUCUCUCUUUGACCUCAGCUCUGGUGCCUCUCCUGCCCCUGCUGCUGAUGCUGACGCAACUGUUUGCUCCCACCGCCUCAUGCUACCGUACCUCUUCCCUGACCUUGCUACCUUUCCCACAGUCGCUGACCUCAUUACGCACCUCCGCACUAGUGACACUCGCUACCGCGCCGCGCUUCCUGCUGAGUUCUGCGCCAAGAACCCCCCCUACAUCACUCUCUACUACUUAGUCACUCGCCUCCCUGACUCCCUUCGCGUAGUCAGGGACCACUUCCUCUCAGUCUGUCCCACCACUCUCACUGUUGACCUCCUCGAGAAGUACCUCCUAGCGGCCGAGAAGAGCAUAGUCGCUGUAGGGGGCUCUCGUGGUGACCCGCGCACCCCCAUCUUUGAGGGGUGUUCCCCCUCCCCCCUUCUGCCCUCCGUUAACUCUGCUGCUGCGGCCGACCUCCUUGGUCUUGAGUCGGUCGGUGCGGUGUCUGCCCCUAGCGGGAGACGCCGCUCUGGCAAGGGCAAAGGGGGCACGGGCGCUGGAGGAGCGAGCGGGGGCGGUGGAGGUGGAGGUGGAGGCAGCGGGGGGAGUGGGGGUGGUGGAGGGAGUGGAGGUGGGGGUGGAGGUGACGGUGGCGGCAGUGGAGGCGGAGGCGGCGGCGGCGGUGGCGGUGGGAGCGGAGGUGGCGGAGGUGGUGGCGGUGGAGGAGGCGGCGGAGGCGGCGGUAGUAGCGGAGACGGCGGAGGCGGCGGAGGCGGCGGGGGUGGCGGUGGAGCUGGUCGCGGGUCUACGCAGAGGAGUGGCUCCGGUGGUGGUCCGCGCCAGCAACAGCAGCGCGGUCGUGCGACCCUGUCCCCUCAGCAGCUCCGUGAGUGGUACAUUGCACGCCACCGGGGUGGGGGUUUUGGUCCGUGCACCUACGUCCUGCGCACCGGCGACCGUGCGGGUGAGCAAUGUGGGGGUGCGCACCCCACCCAGCGCUGCUUUGGUCGCCUGACGGACACGUGGCGUCACCAGUUCCCGGAGGCCGCAGAGAUCCCUCGCUGGGGCGAGCUGUCUAGGGCAGGUGUUGCCAUCUAUGAUCUUGAUUUUGAUGCCAUUCUUUCUGCCAUGUAUGCUGUGUCUAUUAGUGCUGAGGGUGACUGUUAUCGGUGUUUCCCGCCCAAUCCGGGCAUUGAGACUGCUGCUCUAGGUACUGGUGAGGCGGCUGCCCUAGGUGCUUACGACGCUGCUGCUCUAGGUGCGAGUGCGUCUGCGUCCUCAGGUACUGGUGAGUCUGCGCUCUCAGGUACUACGUCGGCUUCGGCCUCCCUCACCUUCACCCUUGACUCUGGGGCUUCUCGCUCCUUCUUUCGGGACAAGUGA